ACAAGAAAGACAACCCCUGAUUAGCCCAGUGUCGGAGGCCUGCAGAGAGACAGGUAGAGCCAUUGUCGACAUGUUGUCUGCCCUUCUUUUUCGUUGUGCGGACUCCAUUGUACUUUGAAAUAAAACAGAAAAUAUUUGAGGUGUAGGCUCGCUGCAGACUGUAGUCCGGGGUGUGGAUGUACCUGAGGCAGAGUCAUGGCGCAGUGAGACAGGAGAGGACAGUGGCAGGGCUGAGGUGACGCAUUCACGGGGACUUUUUUUCGAGUGACGCGUUUUCAGCUGGGAUCCCAUCACCACUUGUGACGUUACUCCAAGCUCGACAACUGUGCGACAAACCUAACAGACUUGUCUCCUCGGACAAGAUGGCGUUCCUGGCUGAAAAGAGAGGUUGUUACCGAUUCGGCGUGUUGCUGGUGAUGGCCGGCCUCGCCCUCUACAUCACAGGCUUCAGCGUGUCCUUCUGGGCCUUCGUCACCGUCAACCAGACCAACAUGUACCGCUUUGGCUUGUGGGACGUCUGCAGGACCCUGCCUUCGUCAUCGCACUCCACCUUGUACGUGUGUACAACAGUCAAUGGCUCCAUCAAUUAUCACCGAGCCGCCCAAGCUUUACAGUGUGUGGGGCUGGCUGUGAUGUCCUUGUCGCUGGCACUGGGUUUGUUGUUGAACUUCAGUGUACCCAGGAUAUUCCUUCUGUCCCGCCUGCAGGAGAUAUCAUCAGGUGUUGGCUCUUUAACCGGAUUCUCUGGGGCGAUGAUCUUCGUGAAGGAAAUCGAGCAGAUCAAGAGGGAUCUCCUGUUCCGGGCCCCUGGAGAGAAGCCGUCUGUCUCCUACGACUGGGGAUUUGCCCUUAACGUCACCGGCAGCAUCCUCUGCAUCCUCGCCACCAUCAUCAUCUGCAUGUCCAACCGCCCCGACGCUAGCUCCUCCACCACCGACACCGCAAGCGACUUGAGGGUCGUGCACAGCAGCUCGCGAAGAAGGGCGAGCGAUGGAGAGAGGAGUGGAAUAGCCAAUCCAGCGUUCUACAGAAACCACGUGAUAUCGUCGACCUACGACAGAGACCACGUGACGUCGACAGCCAAUCCACGCUACGACAGAGACCGCUCCACGCGCAGUUCGUCUGGUGGCUCCACCAUCUCUGUCAUUUCAAAAGAUCACGUGAUUAAAUCAACGUCCAAUCGCAGCCUGGAAAAAGAGAGUGUACCGUCCUUGAAAUUAAGUCAAAAAUCUUCGAUACACAAGGUUUCACCUCCUCGGGUGCCUGGUCUAGAAAAAUAUAAUUCUUCAUCGUCUGUGAGUACAGUGGUCUAGUUUAAUGACCUGAAAACGUGUUUGAUGAAUGGAGGGCAAUAUGGAGGCGACAGUUAUUCUGACAGCACAAAAGUGUUUGCUGUACUACUAAUGGCAGGUCAUGUCAAGAUAAGAGCAACUUUCAAAUACAGAUUCGACUUUGAAAACCAAAGAACCUUUAGCCGGUUGCUUUAUUUGUUCUUUUUAAAGAAGUGUUUUCUUAUUGAUUUGUUGUUUGCUGGUAUUCCAGUCGUUUUGUAAUGUUUGUGAAUUUUCCCCGCUGAAUAUGAUCGUUAUGUUCACGAUAUUUACCAUGACUGCAGAUAUCUUUUGGUUAGUCGUAAUGAUCAUUACUGAAUUUUAUAUAAAAAUUGUGGGAUUAUCAUGUGAAACCAUUCCAGCAUUCUCUAGCUUUUCUUUUAUGAUUAUAUAAAUUUCCUUUUCUGAAUGUUUGUUCUUGAUCGAAGUGAAACGAAGCUUGAUUUUAAAAUAUAUAGGUAGAUGUAAUCAUGUUUUUUAUAUUAUUUUAUAACUGAUAAAAAUUAAUUUGAUAUUUUAAAAUUUAAACUUAUAACACUGUAAUUCGUGUCUUUAGGGUUGCUAUUUUAUAUUCUGCGUUAUUUGAUGUUACAAUGUUUGAAACCAGUUUAAGCAUUAGAAUGUUUCUUUCAGUCAAUUUUCAUUUGAACCGACUUAAUGAAAAGUCUUUCGCAAAGAUAUCUGCCAUUGUUUAUUAAAUUUUAAAUCCUUAAUCCGCCUUCAGCACCUUAAACUUGGAAUCAGGCAAUGGACACACAAAACGAUCGUGAGAGUUUGCUUAGUGUUUGGACAUUUUUCAUCAUGAAUCGAAUGUUUUUUGGGUUAAUUUUGGCAUUUGUUAUUCGGUGUAUAGAACAUCACCAUUCCAUUACACAGUUUCUAACAAUUACAAGAUAUUUCAAGUCCAUUAUUCACGACGUGCGAAUAUUUCAUGUUUGGUAUGUGUGUGUGUGUUAGUGUGUGUGUGUGCCAUUGACAACUGAAUGAAUAGCCGCGACACAAUCACAUCAAGAUGUUAUCUACGACUUUCAUUUUACUUUUUUCCCUGUGACAGAAGACCAUCAGAACAAACUUUCCGGUUGUGCGACACCUCGGUGCAUUUUGUAUUUUUGUAAGUCUGUUCAGUCUUGAUGGAAUUCAUUCAUGAAGCGUAUCUAUAAUAUCUUACAGAAACUCAGUAUUUCCCAUUGAAAAUAUUACUAUGUGAUGUCGUACUUUCAAGAUAUUAUCAUUUAUAAAUAAAAGUUGUAUUCAACAACA